CUUUUUUUAUUGUUUAAAGAAGUUUUGUGUAGAUUGACGUGAUAAAAUGUUUAACACACUGUCAUUAUUUGUGUUGGGCUGUUGGGCUCUAAUACUGUGAAGUUGUAUGUUACGCUUGCACAUUGUUAGUUUUUUUAUUUAUUUUUAGUUUUAAACAGUUUGUUUAGCCUUUUACAUAGUUUCGCCGACGACAUCAUGGAGUCUGCCACUGUAUUCGAAGAUCGUAAAAAUCUAAAUGAUUUCUUAGAAGAAGCAGAACUUCAGCAGUAUUAUGAAUUGUUUAGAGAUAUAUUAAAAGUAACAAAAGUAUCACAACUUAAGUUUGUAUUAACUGAAGAUUUAGUUCAAAUUGGCUUAUCAAGACCGGAACAGAGGCGCUACAAGAAGAUCUACUCAAAAUAUUUUCCCAACCCCUACAUAUCAAAAAUACGAAAAAUGCUUAAACCUAACAAAAAAAGUGAUCAGAACAUACACGGCCAUUCAUCAAUACAGUUAGAAGCCCAACCAUUCUUCGAGAACAACGUCAAAGUGCCUACAAAACAUAUAAUUUCUAUAGAAGAUAUUACUAUAAACAAGGAGCUUGGUAUGGGACAGUUUGGCGUGGUACAACAAGGUACAUGGACCACGGGAAAUCAAAGACUGCAAGUAGCAAUAAAGUGCCUAGGUCAUGAGCGAAUGACGUCAAAUUCGACAGAGUUCUUGAAGGAGGCUGCUGUGAUGCACAGUAUAGAGCACCCGAAUAUUGUGCGUUUGUAUGGCGUCGUGUUACAUAUGGACUCCUUAAUGCUGGUGACCGAGCUAGCACCUCUCCGGUCGUUGUUAGAGUGUCUUCGUGAGGUGUCUCUGCGGCAAAACUUCCCGGUGCCCAACCUCUGCGAGUUUGCGGAACAAAUCUGUGAUGGCAUGACUUAUCUAGAAAGCAAAAGACUGAUACAUAGGGACCUAGCAGCAAGGAAUAUUUUAGUAUUUAGCAAGGAUAGAGUGAAAAUAUCUGAUUUCGGUCUGUCCCGCGCUUUGGGCGUCGGAAAAGAUUAUUAUCAAACGAAUUACAAUGUGAACCUGAAGCUACCUGUGGCAUGGUGUGCACCAGAAUGUAUACUAUUUCUCCGGUUUACAUCAGCAAGUGAUGUCUGGGCGUUCGGCGUCUGUCUAUGGGAGAUGUUCACGUAUGGCUUCCAACCCUGGGCGGCGUUCUCUGGACAGCAGAUCUUAGAAGCCAUUGAUGCUCCUAACUUUCAGAGACUGGAGCGACCGGAAUGUUGUCCCGAAGCCUACUACACUACAAUGCUGGAGUGUUGGGCUCAUGACUUCAACAAUAGACCCAAGUUUAAGGAUUUGGCUCCAAAGUUACGCAGCAUAAGACCUGAACAGGUGGAAGCGACGGUAAACUUUCAGAAGCCAGAAGACGCCAGAAGAAACACCUUCCUCGAAUACAAAGCUGGACAAAUCAUUACAGUAUUAGGAAAAGAAAACAUGACAAAAUCUCCACUUUGGUAUGGCGUUCUCCCCGGCGGUGCCUGCGGUAUGCUGGACCCUUCACACACGAAGCCUUAUGUCCCACCCGAGAGAAGUGUAUGUUACGGGUCGCUCUCUCCGCAUCCCGUCCGGCAAUCCGCGCGGUCGAUCCGCUCGACGCUGCUGAGGAGCGAUGUUAAACGACACACUUUUACUGGCAAGCGGUCGAUACAGCGGUGUAUGAUAUCGAGCCCGCAAGGAGACGUGAAGCAUACAGGACAUGUGGGCCUAGAUGGGGCCUACUUCGGAGAUAUAUCGUUCCUGGAUCCUGCCGGAUGCCCGCCCCGUCAGAUAGUGACUCCAUACAAACCUUCGGAAGACCUGGAACAGAUGCCGCUGAUCAACCCGAACUCGCCGUCACACCUGACGGGAGCUUCGGGGACCACACCCUACCCUAUGCUGGCUUCUCAUCAGCCGGAUAGGCCUGACUGCGAUGAAGUGGAUUUGGCUUGUGAUAAAACAAGAAGUUUGCGAAAGAAUAGCCUGAGGACAUUGUCAGAGCCGACUACCAGUAAAAGUAUUCUUAGUAAGGUGAGGAGUGCAACUCUUGGCAGAUCCCACAAGGGCGACAACGGCACCAUGCCCAAGACUGAUGAAGUUCACGAGUACCACGAGAUUUCCGAUACCGAUACGGAGGGUACUGCUACUUCGUGUGGCAGAGUCGAGCGUUUGAACUCAAAGGAUAAUAUUGAGAUCCUGAAGAGUACGAGCGACUUUGGCCAGAGUCUGUUGGAUGAAAUAGAAGUUAUGUUCCGAAACAUGGACCGCCGUCGUGACGAUAACCAACCUGGGAGGUCGGCAGAUGCCAUCAGGCCGACCUCUCCAAGCGGGACCGCUGAUACGACUACCACCCUGACGAAAUCGGAGCGCAAGAAGGGAUCCACUGGCACCAUGAAACCGAUGUCGGCUCAUGAUGAGAAGACCUUGAACACUGCUGUCGCCCUGGCUAAUGAAAUCACUGCUAAGUCCAUGAGCGAUCUGGAUGGAGACAAGAAACUCCCGCAUUCACCCAACGAGCGUUCGAAGUUUCAUUUUAAGUUUCCGCUGUCUCUCCAUCACGGACAUGGCCAUGAUGCUGAGAAGGAUUCCUCGGCUGCUCGUGAGCGCCGCAAUUUUUCUGAGGAAGCUAACAGCGUUCCUGAUAUCCAGUCCACCAUAACUGAAGAAUCAAAGAUGGCUUACACGAGCCUCAUCGAAGAGCCGACUCCUUCCACGUCGCUGAUGACUCACAUUGCCAAGGAGACCAGUGGCAUUCUGAAGCCGGCUACUAUCCCGAAGCCAGCUCGUGCUACUCACGUGCAGUUCCGCUCUCUGCAGGCCAAUUCGCCUAGCAAGGCCCGAAGCUUUGCUGCUGCUGACGCUGCUCAGCCUGAUGCUGCUAGCGGCAUAAACGUGCUGCCGCUGCCCCCGCGCGGACCCAAGAUUCCACGGCGAAAGCCUGCCUUCCGUAUUAAAUCGCCUGCCGGCCGUACUAGACCGCCUGCCACACCCGCGGCUGCCCGCAGAAUCGUCAAGCUCACUCCCGAAGAAAUGAAGGCUAAAGAGAUCUUGUCUAACUACGCCGAAAUAGAUCACGCGGCUACGGCCAGACUGGAGCUUUAUGCUGCUAGGCGCGGUCUUGCUGCCAGACCCAGCUAUGCUGCUGAACGCAGCCAUUCUGCUGAACCUAGCCAUGUCGCUGAACCCAGCCAUUCUGCUGAACCCAGCCAUGACGCUGAACCCAGCCCUGUCGCUGGACCCAGCCAUGCCGCUGAACGCAGCCAUGCCGCUGGAUGCUGGCAUUUUUUGAGCAAGUCAAAGCCCGGCCAAGCUAAGGCCCAGUCAAGCCAGAGCCUAGACAAGUACGGCAAAGGGAAGAAGAAGGCCAGCGACUCUGACAGCAAUGCUCUGAACAACGCGUCGCGAGCAGUUCAUCUCGCAAGUAGAUUUGACCUGGCCUCGGAGAUCGGCGGGCCGCGCCACUUCAGACCGAUCAACGUACUCCCAUUGCCGCCGCGCGCCGCUUCCAACGAGAAGCCGGUCCGCCCCGUCGCUCGCAAGCCCCUGCUGCCUCGCAGCCGCGCCUAUCCUCGCCUGCGCUACGACAACGGCAUGGAACUAAUUGAACUUGGCAUCCUCCACAACCGCCACCCAGAAGGCAUCGAGCGCCCAAUGAUUCCGCAUUUCAGACAGAUUGUCCUGCAAGAACCCGAGAGCCUAGAGAACGGGCUCGUCGAUUGCGUGUUGUAAUCAUCUAUUUACCUUAAUACUCUGAAGUGUUUUUGUAACACUUACAUUUGUAAGGCCUGAUUCACAGCACCGACCAAAUAGCCGAGCUUUGUUUUCCGUAAAAAACGGAAAACAAACUGCAAGUAACUGUCGGCAGAGUCGGUUGCUGUAUUCAAGUCAAUAUAUUUAAAGUAAUAAUGUUCUUGUUACUUAACAUCCAUCAUUUCAUACUUUACCU